GUGGAAGCCACAGCACAGUAAACGCAGUUUGUCGGGAUGAGCGCCACAAUGAAUGUGACGGACAUCUACAAGGGAUUUGCUAACAUCUAUAAUGGAGCAAAUGUGUCUGGCAAUGGAAGCAUGGGUAUAAUGAACAUCUCCCACACCCUAAACAAGACCAUCAAUAUCUUCUCCAUUGUCAUCCUCUUCAUCUCCAUGGUGUCCCUUGGCUGUACGAUGGAGAUUUCCAAAAUUAAGAGCCAUCUCUUGAAGCCAAAAGGAGUAGCCAUUGCACUGCUGGCCCAGUUCGGCAUCAUGCCCCUGACAGCUUUCUGUCUGGCCAAAAUCCUACAGAUGGAUCCCAUCAAGGCUGUGACUGUGCUCAUCUGCGGCUGCUGUCCAGGAGGAACCUUAUCAAACAUUUUUUCCCUGGCCAUGAAGGGCGACAUGAACCUUAGCAUUGUGAUGACCACUUGCUCCAGUAUUGUGGCCCUGGGUCUGAUGCCUUUGCUGCUCUAUAUCUACUGCCAAGGCUUCCCCGGUCUGGAAAAUGCUGUUCCGUACGUCAGCAUCAUCACUGCUCUCGUGUUCACCCUGGUGCCUUGCACCAUUGGCAUUGCCAUUAAUCACUACAAACCAAACUACUCACCGGUCGUCAAAAAGGCUGGUCUUGGCAUCUUGAUGGUCUCCAGCAUCAUAGUGUUCACCCUGUCUGGUGUAGCCGUCAAAGACGUUCUAUGGAUGAUCCUCACCCCUGAUGUUCUGUCUGUGGCCGCACUGAUGCCACUCACUGGCUUUAUGCUGGGAUAUGUCAUGUCUGUCAUAUGCAGACUCAGUCCACAAUGCAGCAGGACCAUCUCCAUGGAAACAGGGUGUCAAAACAUCAAUCUGUGCGUUGUCAUCCUAAAGGUGGCCUUUCCCCCACAGGUCAUCGGACCCAUGUUUCUCUUCCCUCUGAUAUACAUCACACUCCAGUGUACUGAGGCCCUUCUCCUGGCCCUGUGCUUCAGAUGUUACCAAACAUUCAGGGCACCAGCUGAGGAUACAAGAAUAUACGACAGCGUUGACACUAAACAAGAGGUGAAACAGCCUUGACAGCAUGGCAGACGGCAACCCAACCGAGCCGGAGAGGGAAACAGACGAGGGCUGAAUCCGAACCUACCGAGGAUGCAGCUAGCGCCCUCACUGUCUCACUAUCAGCUGCAUGCUCUUCACUCAGGCCUUUGAUACAGACAGUACGAU